CCUGACGUAUCGCGAGGGGAGAAGCGGCUCUCCCCCGCUCCGACGCGAGGCCGCCGGCCGCCCGCAGCCCCGGAAGCGGUUCCUCGCCGCCCGCCACCUUCCUGUUCCCGGCAGGGCCCGCUGCGCGCGUCUCCCCUCGGCCCCACGGCCCGCGCCGGCCCUGCCCCAGCCGAGGGCACCCGCGCGGCCCCGGGCCGCGGCUGGCAGCGGUCGGGUGGGCUGGCCUGGCCUGCGCGCGGCCUCUCCCGCCCCUCUCCCCCGAGCCCAGCGAGCGGACGCCGCAGGCCCGAGGCUUCCUCCACUGUGGCCUUCUGUGCUCCCCGUUGAAAGAAAACGAUCCCAAAGUCAAGAAGCGGACCAACUGUGGGUUCCGCGUAGUGCCUCGAAGCUUGAGAAGAGUCCCUGGCAGCCCCUGUUUAAAAUCGGGUCUUGAGCCCUGGUGUGUGGCCUCUGACCUCUGCCUGACACAAGGCCUGCUUCCGUGUUAAUUGGAUCCAUCAGAGGCUUUUCUGGUGCAGAAGUCUUGAUAUUGCACCUGACAGCCUCGGGUGUAUCCUCAGGAUUUCCUUCUUAGAUGCAUUACUACGACUGCUCCUACUUUUCGUGUUUGUAUUGCUGCUGCUACUACUACUUUUAGGGGCUAGCCAAGCCUCGUCUCUCAGAUCCAAUGCUCUACGUUACCUGAAAUGAAUGCUAUGAAUGUGAUGUUUUUAGGGCCCUAAGAAAAGAAAGGGCGAUCUUUACCUAAUGUGCUGUUUCUUUCUCUCUCUCCCCAGCUCCCUCUUUCUCCUCCAUUUUCAUACCUUCUUCGAAAAACCCUUGCUUUUAUCAUCUUGUUAAUUCCCUUGUUAGCAAGAUAAUAGUAAGCUUUGGUAUGUGCUCAGUAGAAAUGUAUCUAAGACAUUUUCAUUUGAAAUCGUCUAUACUGGUCAGAAAUACAAGUGAGUUAAGGUGGUGCCCUGAAAGGAGGCUCGGAUCUCAGGGGCCUGGGAGAUGUUGGGAGAUUUGUCCCCUCCCAUCACUCUGUGAUGCCAGGGGGCAGGAGUACUUUAGCUGGGAAACCAAGUGUGCCCCAAGCCAACCAGCUGCAGAGGGGUGAUGGUUUCAUUGGAAGCCUAUGGCCUUCUCCUUCUCUUCAAACCCGGUGUAUUCUGGCAAAACACAGAAGGAGCCCUACCCUUUCAGAUACUCUGCCCUCUCACCUCACUACGCUUCCGUCUCCCAGUCUCCCUCAAUGCCCAAUGGAAGCCCAGGCUGCCCACCUUGGCUGAUACUUCCUUUGGAAGGUGGAGAACAAAUGGGCCCUAGAUAGUGGCUGACACCAUGUGAGCUCUUGCUCCCGUGGCACACUGCACCUUACAUAUGACCUUUUAUUUUGUUAUAGUUUUUCUUCUCUCUUUCCUAAGCCUUCUCCCAGGUCUUCCCUCCAACCCCAAGGCACAGAGAGAAGAAGGUGGCCUUCUGAGUUUGGGGUGGGAUUGAGACUAGAACCCAAGUUAGAACUAUCUCACAGAAACCCAGGUCAGUAACAGGUCAAGGGAGCAAAAGGGUGCUGCUAAAAUGUGCUUGUACCUGUUUGCUGGGAAUGGGUGGGGCGCGUAUUGGACGAGCAGGAUUUGCUCCAUGGAUUCUGGAGACAGGCUUGUAAUGAAAGAGAAAAAAAAUAUGGGAAGAGGAUUUUGAGAGCUAUGCAAAACCUCAUAGUGAAUCUAAUCCCAGAUAUGUUGUAGGUCACUGAGGUCUUUACACUCUUCCCUCCUGUGGUAGUCUGCUAGGGCUUCCGUAACAAAAUGCCACCGACUGGGUCUUGCGAACAACAGAAAUUUAUGUUCUCACAGUUCUAAAUGCUGGAACUCCAUCAUUAAGAUGGUGGCAGGUUUGGUUUCUUCUGAGGCCUCUCUCCUUAGCGCGAAGAUGGUCGCCUUCUUGCUUUCUCUUCGCGUGGUCACCCCGUGUUGUUGGUGUCUUCACCUACUCUUGUAUUGCAUUAGGACCCACCCAUAUGACCUCAUUUUUCCUUGACUACCUUUUUAAGGGCCCUGUCUCCUGAGGUCCUGGGGGUCAGGACUUCGACCUACGAAUUUGGGUGGGGGAGGAGGGGCAAAUUUGCUGACUUCUGGGGACUGAGAUCGACGUAUUACAUAUAUUAUUGACAGAGUCUGGAGAUUUCCCGGCAGUUAACCUCACAGAAGACUGUAGCACACCUGCGUCUCAUUUUACUCAUCAUUCGCAUAUUUCUCUUGCAGAUGAAAUAGACUGUUUGCUUUUUAUUUGGCUUUUAGGUUUUUUAAGCUACUUCUACCAGUUAAACUUCGUGGGUCUGCUUCUAAUGAAAAUAUGCAAGUCUUCAUAGCUAACAAAAGUACUUUUAAAAAAGGAUGGAGCAGAUUUUCCCUCUUCCCUGAAGCUGCCGAGGGAGAGAUACCUUUCCACAUUAUAGAACAAGCAAUUUGGUUAAAUGAAGAGUUAAAUUGUGAACUUUCACAAGAAUUUCAGUCUGAUUCUUUGCAAUGCGAAGAUGAAUGAUUCAACACUUUCACUAUUUUGUUUGUUCUGUUCUCUGUUAAUAUAAUUCUGUCCUUGGAAGUGUUACUUUAACAAAGGGGAAUUGUUAAAUUCCUAGAACUUUAAAAAUUGUUGCCAUGUCUUGAUAAUUUCUUGCCCUGGUGAUAGCACUGAAAGUCCUAUCUCUCUAUUCCCAAAAUAUAAAAUUAUUUAUAUGAUUUAUCUGCUAGUUCAUAAUAUUUCUUUUCUCUCACAUGCCUGAUGGAAUAUUUGUAAUCCUAUGACUUCUCUAUUUUGUUGCCUACAAAUUAUUUUAUUUUUUAAUUCUUAAAAUAUGGGAUUUUUUAAAUUAAUAGACCUUAUUUUUUUAAGGCCAGUUUUAGUUUUUCAGACAAGUUGAGCAGAAAGUGGUUUCUCCUGUUAUUAACCUUUCUCUUGUUAGUAACAACUUGCAUUAGUGUGGUACAUCUUACAAUUGAGGAGGCAGUGUUUCCACAUUAUUCUUAACUGAAGUCCAUUGUUUACUUUAGGCUUCACUCUUUGUAUACAGCUGAGUGUUGCUAAAUGCAUAGUGUCAUGUAUCCACAAUUAUAAUGCAUGCAGAAUAGUUUCAUUGUCCAAUAUGUCCCUUUACUCCACGUCAAAUGAUUUCUUUUCAGUUAACACCACUGUGUGGUGAGAACGCUGCCCUCCCCAUCCCUCUUUGGCCUUCACGGAAAUGAAAUGACUUUUAUCCCACUGGCCCUUUUUCCUUAUUUGUCUAUCUGUCUCCUAAUUUGUAAGGUCUCUGGAGAGGCAGCCCGAGGUCUCCUGAUAAGCUUCCUAAAGGUGAGUUUCAAGGAACUAAUCCAUAUUCAUAUACUCAGAUACAGCAUCCAGCCAGCGGCCUGUUUUCCUUGAAUUUAUCUUUAGUGUUACCUGCUGUGUUUCGGCUUUUGACAUGUGGAGAUCAUGGCCCCCCUGCUUGGGAUGGACUGCAAGGGAUCUAACAUGAAGAAGACUGAGCCCAGGAAACAGACUGUGAGCACUCCCACCCCAUGACCUGGGCUAAGAAACAGAGUUUUGGAGUGAGAUGGAAGGAGAAUGAAAUCUUUCUAGGAGCAGUGUGAAGAAGACAGAAACCGCUCCCCUCCCUGGACUGGCCAAGCCACCUGCCAAGCGCCGCUGCCACCAUGCCCAAGAGAAAGGCAAAGGGAGAUGCUAAAGGUGACAAGGGGAAGGUGAAGGAUGAGCCACAGAGGAGAUCGGCACGCUUGUCCGCUAAACCGGCUCCUCCAAAGCCAGAACCCAGGCCUAAAAAGGCCCCUGCAAAGAAAGGAGAGAAGCUGCCCAAAGGGAGAAAGGGGAAAGCAGAUGGUGGCAAGGAGGGGAACAACGCUGCAAAGAACCUAGAUGCUUCCACUGCCCAGUCACAGAAAGCAGAAGGCAGUGGGGAUGCCAAGUGAAGUGUACUGUUUUGAUAGCUCUGUACUUCUAGUGACUCUACUGUUUGAAAUACUAUUUUUCUUUAAUCAAGUUUUAUAAAAAUGUAGAAUUUGUUUUUUUUUCUUUCCAAACUUAUGUUGUUAGCAUACAACACACAUUGUUGCUGUCUUGUAGAAAGUGCAAAUACCACUAAUAGAAUAUCUCAGAAGGUGGAUUGAAAUGGGGGAAGAUGGGAUCUUCUGUCCUUAUUUUUGAAGAUUAUUCUUGGUUCCCAGGAGAGAUUCUCUGACAUUCACACAUGUCAGCCACUUUGGCUUAGAAGCCUUACAACAGAGAGAAGCAAAACUUCAUGUCUUCUUUCCUGAUGCCAUCAGCAUACACUUGACUUCCUGAAAUAGUUAUGAUGUGGCCUUGGCCACCCAAAAAUCCUGUGUCGGGUAAUAAUACUCAGGCUUUCUGGUGAUAAUAUCAAGAUGGUGUUGCUCAAAGACCAAGAUUCCUGUUUGUAGUUUGUGGAUCAUCCCAUCGAUGAUCUUAGAGUUUUUCGCCCCUUUCUGCCAUGUCAGAGUUGACCUGUGACAAGGUCUUACACGCCUCUUGUGAAAUAUCCACCCCUUCUGAGAACUCCACCUUUUCAAAACAGCAACAGAAGACUGUUGACUUUUAGGGGAGGGGAGUUUGAAAGUUGUAAAAUGUUAUGGAUUGUCAGCCAUGUCCUCCUGGAAGUCACUGGUUUUGAAAAGUAUCUGAUAAAGCUGAAUACGAAUUAGCUUGGUGGUAGGGGGAUCAUUUCCUACCCCAAGUCAUAGGUAUAUUCUUUAUUGCAUUGUAAACAUUUUAUAGUCUUGCUUUUCACAUUUGUCUUUAGUCUGCUCUGAACUGAUUUUUGUGAAAAGUAGAAGAUAGAAGUUCAAUAUAAUAUUUUUUCCAUGUGUAUAAGUGGUGGUUGUCCCAGCACCAUUCUCUGAAUACUUAAUUCUUUCCCACUGAUCUAUAACACCAGCUCUUUCGUAAAUAAAGUCUCUGUGUGUGGGUGAGUCUGUUGAGGAUUUCUAUUCUGACUCACUGGUCAAUUUGUCUAAUCUUGUGGCAGUACUAUACAAUCCUGAGUACUAUUUUAGAAAAAAGGUCUUGGUAUCUCAGGACAAAUCCCACCUCCAAAAAAAUCACCACCAAAUUUUUCUUCCUCGGGAGUAUCUUGGCUAUUUUUAGCCAUUUGCUCUUCAGUACAACUUUUAGAAUUAGAUUGACAAGUUCUAAAAACAAAAAUGUUGGAAUUUUUAUUGGAUUUAUACUGAAUUUAUAGACUAAAUACAAUGUUGAGUCUUCCAAUCCAUGAACAUGAUAUAGUUCUCCAUUUAUUUAGCCUUUUUAAAUGUCUUUCAAUAAAGUUUUAUAAUUUUCUCCAUGAA